CUAGCCUCGCUCACAAUUCCAGUCAAUCCCUUUCCCCUUUCCGGCCAUAUCGACGAUGUCUGACGAGGAGCACCAGUUCGAGUCAAAGGCCGACGCCGGCGCCUCCAAGACUUACCCCCAGCAGGCCGGCACUAUCCGUAAGAACGGUUACAUUGUUAUCAAAGGCCGCCCCUGCAAGGUUGUUGAGGUUUCAACUUCCAAAACUGGAAAGCACGGCCACGCAAAAUGUCACUUUGUUGCAAUUGACAUCUUCACUUCGAAGAAGCUCGAGGAUAUCGUUCCUUCUUCCCACAACUGUGAUGUUCCACAUGUUAACCGCACUGACUACCAGCUUAUCGACAUCUCUGAAGAUGGAUUUGUGAGCUUGCUGACUGAUAGUGGCAACACCAAAGAUGAUCUCAGGCUUCCAACUGAUGAGACUCUCCUUACUCAGAUCAAGGAUGGAUUUGCCGAAGGGAAGGACCUUGUUGUGAGUGUUAUGUCUGCCAUGGGGGAGGAGCAGAUUAAUGCUCUCAAGGACAUUGGUCCCAAGUAGUUUGGGGUUGAUAUGAUAUGGGAGGACCAUUUACCAUCUUGUUAUUCUGGAUGCUUUAGACUGGAUUAUUGAUGGUUUGUGUCCUUGACGAUGAAGAGACCACCUUGUUGUGGUAUGUUGAAAACUCGAGUCUUCCUGCGUAGCCAUGUGUUUAUAUGUAUGUGCUGAAUCUUGACGAGUUUUUACGUCGUAUGAUUUCAAAAUUGCUUGCUAAAUAAGAUUGGUGAUGAUAUAUUGUUGGUAUUUUGAUUAUUAGUGGGAAUUAUAUGUUAUUGAUGAGUUUGUGUUA